AUGCCUCAACCGAUUGUUGGUGUUGGCCAUAGCACCGGCGGAGCCCAAUUGGUUCAUCUUUCCCUCAUCCACCCCCGUCUCUUCACAACCAUCUGCAUCCUCGAAGGCUACCUUACAGAUAAUGAUGUUGGCGAACGUGCCCGUGCUCUAUUAUGGACCACGCUGGUGAAGCCAGACGUCUGGCCGACCCGUGAGGCCGCCAUCCAACAACUCCCCAAGUUCUUCAAUCUCUGGGAUAAGCGCGCUCGCGCUCGCUGGAACCAAUACGCCUAUCGCGACCUCCCAACAGCCAUCCACCCCGACCUGCCCGAAAACGUCGACCCCAAGAACCCGCCCGUCACACUCACCACAACCAAACACCAGGAGCUCACGAUGUAUACCCGACUGAAUCCGAACCGCCACAAGGAACUGGGCCUCCCCGAAGAGCUCGAUAACAACAAAGGCUACGGACCCAGCCCUCCUCACGACCCGCUCUUUGUCCCCGACAUGUUCGGACCCCUCUACGAAAGCCAACUCACCUACUGCCCCGAGCCACUGCUCGCAUUCCGCCUCCUUCCUCAUGUCCGGCCACCCGUGUUAUUCAUCAACGGCGAAGCAAGUGAGCUUUCUCAGUGGAAGCUGGGAGAAAAGGCCGCGGCUCGCACCGGUACAGGAUUCAGCGGUAGCGGAGGCCAGGCGUAUAACCGUGUCAAGCACGUCCUAUUACCCAAGUGCGGACACAUGUUACCCAUGGAGAAGGUCCCGGAGACGGCGGGCGAGGUUGGGCCGUGGAUCGGUCGACAGUUGCAGCAGUGGAGGGAGGACCAGCGGCGUCUGGCCGAGGGGUGGGAAGGGCUGUCGGUGAAGGAUAAAUCGACGAUCGGGCCCGAGUGGAAGGCGACGUUCGUCAAGGCGAUUAAAUCGCAUCCGAAGUAUAUUGAGAUGAAGAAGAAGCAUCGGAGCUCGAAAUUGUAA